AAUAUUUUGAUAACUAUAACUACAAAAUCAAAUUUAAUAAAAAUUGAAAAAUGAAUAGUUUAGUUAAUGAUUCUGUCGAAUCUAUAGCCGAAAAUCUAUGGCCAGAACCACAACAAUAUCCCGAACUGAGACCGCAAUUCGUGUCCAAAUCAAACGAUCAAUUGAUUCAAAGUAUUGAAUCGGAUAUUGAAAAUAAAUGCCAACUGAUUGACGAAAAAAUUCAGACAUUCAAACGGGAAGGACUCGAGUUUAUGGCCAAACGGUACUCGAAAUUCGGUAAUUAUGAACACCUGACCAAUGACCUGGUGAUGGCCGAUAUCGGUAGAGUAUCGGAUCAAAUUCAACAUGAUAGAUUAGUACGUAUAUGGGCCCAGUGGACACAUUAUUUAAAUAAAUACUACUGCAUAAUCGUGGUUAGCCAUAGAAUGUUUACUAUAGAACAGUUGGUCCAGAGUUCGGAUCCCAGGGAAUUGACUGAAAAAUUUUUGCUAAACCGCAACAAAGUUAUGGAAACAUAUGAAAAGUGGAUCCAAAAUGAUAGACAACUCGAAAGAUGGGAAUUUUGGCUAAGAAAUGAUGAAAUGAUUCUCAAAGAUUUGAAAAUCGAUUAUUCAAUUGUCGACAAAACUUUGGCUAAUUUGACGCCAGAAUCCAUAAAAGUAAAAACAUUACAAUAUCUUGUCUACGAAACUGAGAUUUACAGACGUAGUGUUGAAAAUGUUAUUUUUUAAUCCAAAAAAAUAAUAAAUUAAAAUAAAUAAAUAAAAAAUAAAAUAUCAAACCUUUAUUCA